AUGGCCUUGAACGUACUUGGAAAUGACGGCGCCCAGGAGAUAUCUCACGUUGAAGACGACAAAAAUGGAGAAUCGCGGUUGGUUGAUAUUGAUGAUAGAGAAGAGUACUUUGUGAAACCAUUGUAUACCUACUACUGUAAUUGUGGUCAAAUGGCGAUGAUCAGUGAUUGUCUGCUUAUUCGUAUGCCUCUACGAAAGCGUGAUGGUGCCCGAGUUAUUGACCCUGAGAGAACUACAGCAAAGACAUUUUCUACACAAGGCGACACUGUGUAUGUGCAAAGGCCUGAGGGAUUGGAACAGCAAUACCGAAAAAAUUGUAAAGGUUGUGGCGUUCCACUCUUCUAUCAGCAUCCAUUCAACUUGAAGCUGGUUUUCAUAUUUCGGGAGGCAUUGCUUUCUGCUCAGGAAGUUGGUGGAUUCAGCGGAAAUAAUGAAGAGCAAAGGGCCAAGAAGAUUAUUAUGAAGAGGAAUGUUAAAAAUCAAGGAAAAAUGGGAUCAGUCACUGUUUCUACGAUGGAGGGAGAAGAAGAAGAGGAAAUCGAGGCUCGCGAAACGGCGGAGUCCUACUCGAUGAAUGCUCGUAUUGUUCGAGAUGCCUUGAAGCGAAAGGGAAUGAUCAAGGAUAAACUGUUAGGCAGAGAAAUCUCUGGCGGUCCAGCUCCUAAAAAGAGGGGAACUCUUUUGUGA